UCUUCUUCUCGCUUAACCCUUCUUUCUCUCAAUUUGAUUUAUUUUCUUCGACAAGGGUUUUAACAAUGAAGCUUGAUACUAGUGGGUUCGAGACAUCCAUGCCUACGAUUGGAUUCGGCUCGAGCAACGAUAUGCUUGAUGGGUUUUCUACGGUGCCCUCGUUUGAUCUUCCCCGGACUACAGAUUUUGAUGGGUUUCAGAAAGAAGCAGUACAGAUGGUGAAGCCUGCGAAAGGAACAACGACACUCGCUUUUAUCUUCAAAGAAGGUGUCAUGGUUGCUGCUGAUUCUCGUGCUAGCAUGGGUGGAUAUAUCUCCUCACAAUCUGUGAAGAAGAUUAUUGAGAUCAAUCCUUAUAUGCUUGGUACAAUGGCUGGAGGAGCUGCUGACUGCCAAUUCUGGCACAGGAAUCUUGGAAUUAAGUGCCGUCUACAUGAACUGGCAAACAAGAGGAGAAUCUCUGUUUCCGGAGCUUCAAAACUUCUCGCAAACAUGCUCUACUCAUACCGUGGAAUGGGACUUUCCGUCGGCACCAUGAUUGCUGGAUGGGACGAAACUGGUCCUGGACUAUACUAUGUCGACAACGAAGGAGGAAGACUCAAGGGAGACAGGUUUUCAGUUGGUUCUGGUUCGCCAUACGCUUACGGUGUACUAGACAGCGGAUACAAGUUCGAUAUGUCAGUUGAAGAAGCUUCCGAGUUGGCAAGGAGAUCAAUCUAUCAUGCGACAUUCCGUGAUGGAGCCAGUGGUGGUGUUGCUAGCGUGUACCACGUGGGUCCUAAUGGAUGGACGAAACUGUCAGGAGACGAUGUUGGGGAGCUACACUAUCACUACUACCCCGUGCCACCAGCCAUUGCGGAACAGGUCAUGGAGGAAGCAGCUGCCGAGUAAAACUAAGACUUUCUUUUACUUCCUAAUCAAUUCACUCCCUUUCUUUAGCUUAAGCUCUGGUGUUCACUCUAUUAAGAUUCUCCUUUUUAUUUUCUGCAAACACAUAUUCUCUUUACUUUGUUCAAACAGCUUUUUCAACUCUUCAGUCUUUGUUUCAACCGUGAAAUUAGGAACAUAAGUUGAAUAAUUAUAAA